AUCGAGGUAUAUAAUACACCGUGGUCGUGCUACCUAUAUAAUAAAUGAAAACGAUGCAACCAUGUCGUGGUCGUUUUUUCAAACACGAUUUUUGCCGUCGGUCGCGCCGCAGUUACUCCAAAAGUAGCAGUGUUUUCCCUCAGAUGCGUGUUCGUGUAUGAGUCAUAUAAAUAUAUUAUCAUCGAUAUUGUAAUAUUUUCCGAUAUCUACGACUGCUGAAAAAUGCCACCAGAUGACGAAGACAGCAGCUCUCGGACCGUACAGAAUCUUCAACACCGGUCGCCGCCGUCUCCUCCGUCCCAGACGAAUCGGGAGGCGGCUGCUGUGUCUUUCGAGCUACAGUUGAGACGCGCGGCGUUAAGACUCGGCGCACGUGUCAUCGGACGACUGCGAACGAACGACGGAGAAAGCGAUCCAUCUCCGACGACGGCCGAAAUCGGCACAGCAACCGUUAACGAAAACCACACCACAGCUCCAGUCGAUUUGCCAAGAUCGCCAUCGUCACCACUAUCACCACCAUCGUCACCACCACUACCGCCGUCACCAUUUCCUUCUAAACGACUCGAGCAUCGGGAUUCAUCAAGCAAAAUGCACGUUGAACAUAGGAAACUUAACACUGUUGAUUUUGUGUUGGCCUAUAAAAGGCAACGAAUAGUUACGGAGAACGACAGUAAACUCGACGACGAAACUGAAAGACAAAAGUUUUAUCAAGAAUUACGAGCACAUGGUAUUUUGGUAAACAUCGACGAUGAUCCAACGUGUUCACUAGAUGCAGGCCGGACGUGCUUUGCUUUGCUACAGCUAUCACAGCGACUCUUAGGAUGCAGUUGCCGGUGUCAUGCAACCAGUAGUGACAGUAACAGUGAAGAUCAACUAACAAUUUACAAUUCGAAAGAUGUCAAUCAUCAACAGUCUUACGACUAUAUCUUAUUCAAAUGA